UAGGUUUUUUAAAAGCAGGAGGGGUGGGAUGGGUUUCAGAGUGUGCUAUGAAGAAAAAUCCCUCCUCACCCAAUUGGAAAUAGGAGGACUUUUUAUUGAGCCGUGAUUGAACCAAUGACAGCUCAGUGCCGGGAAAUACAGCAGUGAAACACCAGGGGCUGUGGUGCUGAGCAAAGACUGCUGGGUGUGAGACUGGAAAUCUCUCCAAGUGCCCUGCGCGCUCUGCGAAGUUUCUUUCUUCAUCCCCCCUCUGCAUCACCAUCACCACCCUCCUCUUGGUGCAGUGAGGAGACACACGCUACAGAGGGUUCCUGAGUGGUCAAGCCAGAGAUUAUGAAGUGGAACCUCUUUAAAAAGAAACCAGAAGCCAUGGUGGGCCCAGAGCCCACGGGACUCGGCGUCACACACCCGUCACACACCAUGACGAUGGCCCCCGCUGUCUCCACACCCGCGGACAACUCCACCGAAUCUGAGGCGCCCGUCAACAAGAAUGAUGUCUUUGAGGAAAUCAAAAGCAAGUUCCUCAAUGAGAUCGAUAAAAUCCCAUUGCCUCCAUGGGCGCUCAUCGCCAUUGCUGUAGUGGCCGCGCUCCUCGUCCUCACCUGCUGCUUCUGUAUCAUUAAGAAAUGCUGCUGUAAGAAGAAGAAGAACAAGAAAGGCAAAAAGGGAAAGGACGGCUUCAACAUGAAGAACAUGCAGGGUGGCGAUAAAAACCAGGAUGAUGAUGAUGAAGAAGGAGAAACUGGCUUGACAGAGGAGGAGAAAGAGGAAGAGGAAAAAGAAGUGGAGAAACUUGGAAAGCUUCAGUACUCUUUGGAUUAUGACUUCCAGGAUAACAAGCUGACAGUGGGAAUCUUGCAAUGUGCCGACCUGAUUUCCAUGGACUCCGGCGGAACAUCCGAUCCUUACGUUAAAGUGUUCAUCCUACCAGAUAAGAAGAAAAAGUUUGACACCAAGGUCCACAAAAAGACCCUCAACCCAGUGUUCAAUGAAACCUUUGUCUUCAAGAUGCCGUACGAGGAGCUGGGUGGGAAGACACUGGUCAUGUGUGUGUACGACUAUGACCGCUUCUCCAAACACGACAUCAUCGGUGAGGUAAAACUACCCAUGAACACUCUGGAUCUGGGUCAGCCGAUUGAAGAGUGGAGAGACCUGGAAAACGCUGAGAAAGAGGAACCUGAGAAGCUUGGUGACAUCUGCAUCUCCCUGCGUUACGUUCCUACUGCGGGCAAGCUGACCGUUUGUAUCCUCGAGGCCAAGAACCUGAAGAAGAUGGACGUGGGCGGCUUGUCUGACCCGUAUGUGAAGAUCCAGCUAUUGCAGAAUGGAAAGCGUCUAAAGAAGAAGAAGACUACGGUGAAGAAGAACACACUGAACCCGUACUACAAUGAAUCCUUCAGCUUUGAGAUCCCUCUGGAGCAAAUGCAGAAAAUCAUUGUGGUGGUGACGGUCUUCGACUACGACAAGAUCGGCAAGAACGAUGCCAUCGGGAAGAUCUUCAUUGGCAGCAAAGCCCAAAGCACAGCGCUGAAACACUGGUCCGACAUGUUGGCCAACCCGCGCCGCCCGAUCGCCCAGUGGCAUCCACUCCAACCAGAGGAAGAUAUCGACGGUGCUCUGGCUGCCCUGAAUGCCAAGAAGUAACUUCUCACAUCUCAGCCUGACUAACCCACUAACUAACCAACCCACCACUGCAUGACACCCACACUCAUCCGUACGCGCGCUGCCAGUUUGUUUCACAUA